AUGACCGAGACCGUCCCCGUCCAAGCCGAACCCCCCGCCGCCCCUCCCGCCCCCAACCUUCCCCCUCCCGCCGCGGCCCCCGCCCCCGCCCCCGCCCCCGCCCCCGCCCCGGCCCCGGCCGCCAAGAAGAAGGCCGCCUACCGGCCGCAGAAAAGCGGCGGCGCGGCGGUGGCCGAGCAGAUCCUGGAGGCGGUGGCCGCCACCAAGGAGCGCCAGGCGGCCAAGCUGGGCCCCCUGAAGAAAACCAUCUCGGCCUCCGGCUACGAGCUGGAGAAGGGCGGCGGCGGCGCCCGGCCCAACCCGCCGCUCAGCACCGUGGCCAACAAGGGAUCCCCGGCCGAGAGCGGGGCCGGCACCUCCUCGGCCUCCCUCCAUCCGGAGCAGCAGCAGGAGAAGGAGGAGGAGGAGGAGGAAGGGGGACCGGAGGAAGGAGAGGCCGAGGACGGCACCAAAGGAGGGGCCAAGAGGAAAGCGCCGACGGCCAAGAGAGCGGCCCCGAAGAGAGCGGCGGCCAAACGGGCCAAGAAAGCGGCGGCCAAGGGCCCCCGAAAGGGGACGGCGGCCAAGCCGAGAAAAGCUGCUAAGCGGCCGGCAACGUGCAGGCCUGUGGGGCGUAAGCGGGCGGCGGGGAAGAGGAGGUAG